GGCGCUGGGCGGCGCCGAGGCCCUGGGGCCGCCGGAGCCAGCGGGAGCGCGUCCCCAUCGUCUCCCCUCGCCCCCCACCCUGUCGCCCGCAUCCGUCCCUGCGGCGCGGACGUCCGGCGCGGGAGAGAAAGGUCCCGAAGAUGGCCUGGUAAUAAAGGCACCUUCCAAUGAUCAGGAGCAUCUUUCCCCGGGGGUGCCUGCCUGGGCCAGUGGCGUCGUGUUGAGCUGAAGGAACUUGUCUACCGUUUUCCCGAAAACCUCUCUCUCUCCUAAUUCAUGAGCCAGCAGGAUGCGGUCGCUGCGCUUUCAGAACGCCUUCUCAUAGCUGCGUACAAAGGCCAAGCAGAGAAUGUGGUUCAGCUCAUCAACAAGGGCGCCAAGGUAGCGGUUACCAAGCAUGGCCGGACUCCCCUGCAUCUUGCUGCGAAUAAGGGCCAUCUCUCUGUGGUCCAGAUCUUGCUGAAGGCUGGUUGCGACCUCGAUGUCCAGGAUGAUGGGGAUCAGACGGCCUUGCACCGGGCCACGGUGGUGGGGAACACGGAGGUCAUCGCGGCGCUCAUCCAGGAGGGCUGUGCCCUGGACCGACAAGACAAGGACGGGAAUACGGCCCUGCACGAGGCAUCCUGGCACGGCUUCAGCCAGUCAGCCAAGCUGCUCGUUAAAGCAGGAGCCAACGUGCUUGCCAAGAACAAGGCGGGGAACACGGCUCUGCACCUGGCCUGCCAGAACAGCCACUCCCAGAGCACACGCGUCCUCCUGCUGGGUGGCUCCCGCGCCGACCUCAAAAAUAAUGCAGGCGACACCUGUUUGCACGUUGCCGCGCGCUAUAAUCACUUGUCCGUCAUUAAGCUCCUCCUCAGUGCUUUCUGUUCUGUCCAUGAAAAGAACCAGGCUGGAGACACAGCACUGCAUAUUGCUGCUGCCCUGAAUCACAAGAAGGUGGUUAAAAUCUUACUGGAAGCUGGAGCAGAUGGGACCAUUGUUAAUAAUGCAGGCCAGACUCCGCUGGAGACUGCCCGCUACCACAAUAACCCGGAAGUUGCUCUUCUCCUCACUAAAGCUCCCCAGGUCUUGCGCUUCAGUCGAGGGCGAAGCCUGAGGAAAAAGAGAGAAAGGCUCAAGGAAGAGAGGAGAGCUCAGUCUGUGCCAAGAGAUGAGGUGGCACAAAGCAAGGGAAGUGUCUCAGCAGGAGACACCCCUAGCAGUGAACAGGCUGUGCCCAGAAAAGAAGAGGCUAGAGAAGAUUUCCUGCCAGCCUCCCCGGAGCCCAGAGCAAAGGACAACAGGCAGAGAAAGUCAAGGCCCAAGGUGUCAGCAUUUUCUGACCCCACCCCACCAGCAGACCAACAGCCUGGACACCAGAAGAACUUGCACGCUCACAAUCACCCUAAAAAGAGGCCCAGGCAUCGAUGUUCCCCCCCACCUCCUCCGCACGAGUUUAGAGCAUACCAGCUCUACACGCUGUACCGGGGCAAGGACGGGAAGGUGAUGCAGGCACCAAUAGAUGGUUGUCGAUGUGAACCUCUAAUCAACAAGCUGGAGAACCAGCUGGAGGCGACUGUGGAGGAGAUCAGAGCAGAGCUGGGGUCGGUUCAGGAUAAAAUGAAUACAAAGCUGGGGCAUGUGGAGAGUAAGACCCAGCACCAGAUGCGUGUUCUGGACAAGCUGAUGGUUGAGCGGCUCUCGGCAGAGAGAGCGGAGUGCCUGGCCCGCCUGCAGCAGCACUCGGACACGGAGAAGCACGAGGGAGAGAAGCGACAGAUGUCCUUGGUGGAUGAAUUAAAAACCUGGUGCAUGUUAAAGAUUCAGAGUCUGGAGCUGAAGCUUUCUGGAGAUUCUAGGGCCUCUAGGGCUAAAUCCACACCAUCCACUUGUGAAUCCUCCACAGGUGUGGAUCAAUCAGUGGUGACUGCAGGUCCAGUAGCAGCUUCUGACAGUUCCCCUCAGGUGGUUAGGCCUAAGGAAAAGGCCCUCAACUCCACUGCUACCCACCGACUCCAGCAGGAGCUGUCUUCCUCGGACUGUACAGGCUCCCGACUGAGGAAUGUCAAGGUCCAGACAGCCUUGCUACCCCUGAAAGAGGCAGCCAAAUGUGAUCAGCAGGCUGGGCCCUGCGUUGACAGAGGCACCCAAACCAAGAAGUCUGGGAAAAGUGGGCAGACAAGGCAUCGAGCCCAACAGCCGGGACCCAGCACCGGUGGUGGGCAGCCCCCACCAGCAGCAGGCAGUGAGCAGACUGCCCCACACAUUCGAGACACCUCCCAAGCUCUCGAGAUUACCCAGUAUUUUUUUGAGGCUGUUUCUACCCAGAUGGAAAAGUGGUAUGAAAGGAAGAUUGAAGAAGCACGAAGCCAAGCCAGUCAGAAAGCCCAGCAAGACAAGGCCACACUGCAGGAACAUAUCAAAAGUUUAGAAGAGGAACUUGCUAAACUAAGGACUAAGGUGCAGAAGGAAAAUUAGGACUGGGAAGUGGCACCAGAAAGGAUUCUCGGGGAUUUCUGGUUUUGCAACUGCAGAAUAGCUAUGCCCAAGGUGUCAAUUAUUGUGCACAUAGCAGACUUGCCUUUAAAAAAAAACAAAAAACAAAAAAACUAAUUUCUAAAAUGUGCCACACACACACUUCCUAUGCCCUGAAGUUAUGAAGACUUCAACAAUUAAACUGAAACCAGGGGAAGCUUGCUUAGUUUCAGGUUUCAUUACAAACUCAAAACCUCAGUCCAGGUUCAUCUGAAGUUCAAAAGCUCAGAUUAAGGGAGCCACACUAAGAAACUGAAUGAUGUGUAAGCCUAAACCCUAAAAUUCAGGACGUAUGAAAUAAUAUAAAUCAAAAGCAAGAAAAAAGUUAAUCCCUUGUGAACUCAAGUCAAGUAGUUAUUCAUAUAAACACACCUGCCGUGCCUAGACAAGAGUGUCCUCUGUCAGAGAGCUGUAACUGAGAUGUGCGCUCAACCCUCUCUCUCUCAAAAUGCCUGCAUUUUACCCAGGUGAAAACUUAUCAAACAGAUUUUGAGGAGAAAGAGAUUUUCAUGAUGUCACAAGAUCCAGUAUAUCUUAAAAUGUUUUGCAACGUCAGAGUGUAUUUGAGUAAUGAGUAAUUGGCCACCACCACUGGGAAUGUUUGUUAAUAAUGAACUCAAAUGAGAGAGGUUCAAAUCAUUUGAUCAUGGUUUUUCAUCUAUUUUCAGCCAAAGUACAGAAAUACUACAAUCGAUUAAUCCUAGUGAUUUUUAAAACAGAUUAAUGGAAAACAUUCACGUAACAAUUACUUGAAACUUCUGUAACCUAUUUGUAUUCAAGCCCAAUUAUCUUAGAGUACCUUUCUGAAUUUGAGCUUACUGGUCUACAUUUUAUAAAGAAAGAAGGCUAUUUCUUGAAAGUAUUUUAUUUUUAAUUGAGUUCUGUCAUUGAAGAACCUCAGAAGCUUUCCACUGCUUUGCAGUGCCUAUGUCAAGGUAAAUAAUUCAGUAAUUUGAUUUAGACCCCACAAUUCCCCAGCCUCACGGAGCCCUAAGGAUUUUACUCUGCCCUCUGGAGUACACCAAGUUUUACAAGUAGCUUGGGUGUGUUGAAAAAUUGGGUGUGUUGAAAAAUUGGAUUUAAUUAUCUUCUAAGCUUCUUGUCCCUUGGAAUGUGGGAUUAUAGUCAUCUCAAAAUUCCAUGUAUGCAUAGAAACCUCAGUUCUAUUACUGUAAACACAGGAACCAAGUAACUAUUGUCUAUAAUUUUGAAUAAAAUGUUGCUCACUGAGCCAAAGAGAAAAUCAUGACUUAUCGACAUGGGAACACCCAGAAAAACUAAGUAUGUGUUAGGCCCUUUGUUUUUCACUUAUCAUGCUCAUAGUUGUUUUUGGUUUGGUUUUGUUUAAUACUGACAGUCUAGUCUAUGGAUAUAGACAUUCCUAAUAAACGUAGAUGUACGUCACCAUUACAGAACCUGGGCAGGGGAUUAAUUUGAUGUUCUCUCAAGUUUUUCGCUUCUGUAAGCUUGUCCUGUUCUCAACUGCUGUGUAGGUAGACAGUUCUUCCCCAGAGGCCCCUGUUGGAUUGCUAAACGUAGAGGCACUUGCCUCUUCUCAUUUCU